AAAGAAUCAUCAAUAAUUAGUUUUUACAAAAAGUUUAAUAAGUUAAAAGUUUAAGAAUUUGGUUUCCUAAAAUAAUUUUAGACUUUAAUCAGAUUAAAACAUAAUUUAUUUUUAAGAAUAAUUUACUGCUGUAUAGUCAUGAGAUCAAUUUUUGAUGUGCAAAAUUAGCAGAUUUAUUUUAUUAAAAUUCAUAACAAUCCCACAAGAAUUACAUCAGGUGAUAACGUUAUCUGUAGAUUAAUACAGAUUUCGCUAAUUAAGCUGUAUAGAAAAACGUGUUUUAUACCUCAUUAAAUCGUACUUAGUUAAGUUUCAGACUUAUUUAUUCUGUAAAUUUAUUAUUUAUAAGGAGCAUAAUAUUAUUAUAUUAUAAAAUUUAAAUUAAGGAAAAUAUUAAAAAUAAAUAAUCUUUCAAAAUGACUAUGAGUACAAAUAAUUGCGAAAGUAUGACUUCAUACUUUACAAAUUCAUAUAUGGGCACCGAUAUGCACGGUCAUUAUCCUGGAAAUGGUGUUACUGACUUGGAUGCUCAACAAAUACAUCAUUAUGGCCAAAACCCAAGUCAUCAGGGUAAUAUGCCCUAUCCUAGAUUUCCACCAUAUGACAGAAUGCCUUACUAUAAUGGACAAGGAUUAGAGCAUCAAGGUUUUUCUAGACCAGAUAGUCCAUCAAGUCAGGUAAGUGUGAAUGCAAUGCAACAACAGCAACCUCAACCAAAUGGAGGACAAUGUGGUCCACAAACACAACAAGUUCAACAGCAGCAACCCUUACAGCAACAACAACAACAACCUGUAGUAUAUGCCAGUUGUAAAUUACAAGCUGCUGUUGGGGGAUUAGGUGUUUCGGGUGUUGGAAGCGUUGGUAUGGGCUUAGAAAAUGGAUCACCACCUCUAGAACAAAUGAGUGGAGUUCAUCAUAUGAAUUCCCAAAUGGCAAUACCUUCUCAUAUUGGACAUCCUCAAGGGCAGGUUCAUCAAGGACAUCAUAAUAUGGGAAUGUAUCAACAAACGAGUGGAGGACCCCCGGUGGGUGCUCCGCCGCAACAAAUGAUGCACCAACAACCUCCACAAAUACAUCAACAACAACAGCAACAACCGCCAAAUAAUCAAAAUUCAGGUUCUGGUAUGCCCUCACCGCUGUACCCCUGGAUGAGAAGUCAGUUUGGUGAGUUCAAUGAGAAAAGAAAACGUGGUCGUCAAACAUAUACAAGAUAUCAGACAUUGGAAUUGGAAAAAGAAUUUCAUUUCAAUCGCUAUUUAACAAGACGUAGGCGUAUUGAAAUUGCUCAUGCUUUAUGUUUAACCGAAAGGCAAAUAAAAAUUUGGUUCCAAAAUCGUAGAAUGAAAUGGAAAAAAGAAAAUAAAACCAAAGGUGAACCAGGAUCAGGCGACAAUGCCGAUGAAAUGACACCACCACAAAGUCCUCAAUAGACGCAAAAUUAAAUUUAAAAAUUUAAAAAAUAAUAAAAAAGGAAACGCGAAUCCAAUUAAAAACAAAAAAUAAAAUAAUUUAAUAAAAAGGAAACAAUUUUAAUUUUAAGUAGUCAAUAUUUAAAAACAAAAAAAAGCGAGAAAAAAAUUGUUUUUUUUUUUCCUAUUUCGUUCUAUAUUUUUGUUUAGUUCUUUAAUUAAAAUAAAUUAAAAUUAAACUCUAAUAAUGAAACAAUUUUUGUG